ACUCGGAAGGGGAAGAUAUAUCUGAAUAGUCAAAAAUAAAAGAUAGAUCUGGAAGCUUUGCCAACAAAAAGAAGAGACAGAUCCGGAAGAAAUCGGAGGAAAAGGAUAAGGGUUUGGGCAACGAUGUUAUCCAAUCUUCCAAGGGAUUUGGCAGAGGAGGUGCUCUUUAGGCUUCCGGUGACAUCUCUGAGGGGAGUGCGAUUUACAUGCAAAAAGUGGAGGCGUUUAUCCAUAAAUCGGAGCUUUACAAUGAAGCACGUCGGUAAAGCAAAAGCAGCAGCAAAGAAUUAUCACAGGAAGGAGUUUCAGGUGGUCAUGAUGAUCCAAUAUAGGGUUUGUUUAUUCAGUGUCAAUCUCCUCAACCCAUCUAUAGACCGUAUAGGUCAACUUGUUAGCCUAGACGAUGCAGAUCGUGUAGAGAUAUCUAAGAUCUUUCACUGUGACGGUUUACUGUUAUGCAUCACCAAAGAUAGAUCUAGUCUUGUUGUUUGGAACCCUUAUACGGCGCAAACCAGGUGGAUCAAACCCAUGAAUUCUUACCACAAGUUUUAUGACCGGUACGCUCUGGGAUACGAGAAGAAGGACAAGUACUCGCUUCGUAGCUACAAAGUCUUGCGAUUUCUAGAUAAUUACGACUCCAGGGCUAAUGUGAAGCUUCGUGAGUUUGAAAUUUACGAUUUAAAUUCUGCUUCAUGGAAGGCUGUUGAUGUCAAUCCGGACUGGGAUAUAGAGUAUCAUCAGCGUGGUGUGUCUCUCAUGGGCAACACUUACUGGUUUGCUCAAGAGAAGCGUCCACCUGUAGGAAUGCGAGGACCUAUAUCGGCCAUCCCUGAUUUCUUACUAUGUUUUAAUUUUACAACUGAGAAAUUUGGACCUCGUCUGCGUCUGCCUUUUCACGCUAUUUAUGGAGAUACUGUGACUCUAUCUAGUGUCAGAGAAGAGCAUCUUGCGGUUCUUUUUCAACAAUGUGGUGCACCUGCAUCUACCGUGAAAAUAUGGAUUAGUAGCAAGAUUGAGCCCGAUGCGGUCUCUUGGAACAAGUUGUUCUUAAAGUUUGAUAUGAAACCACACACCGGUUUGGGUUCUCAGUUUCUGGUUACAGGUGGGAGUUUCUUCGUCGACGAAAAGAAGAAGGUCGCAGUGAUUCUUGAUAAAGACAGAGGCAAAUCUUUUCCCACUCGCAACAUAGCUUAUAUCAUUGGAAAGAAAGGAUACUUCAAAAAAGUGGAUCUUGGCGAGUCUACAGAGGCACGUUGUUGGCCACUUGUGUGCUCGUAUGUGCCAAGCUCAGUGCAAAUCAAGCAAGCUGCACCACCCUAAUCUAUCAACUUGUAUUUCUCGUGUUUUGUAUCUCGACAAUGGUUGGUUUCUCAAUAUGGCCUCUGUUUUCUUUACUCUGUUCAUCUUUCAGUUUUAGUUAACGGAUAUCGUAUCCAAAUACCCAAGU